AUUCAACAACCAUGAUGCACUGACCAUUGCUGCCAGCCAACUCAACGGACAAUUGCAUUCGCACUCCUACCGCCAGGCGAGCCAACGGCGGAGCCAGGCAUCAUGCGAAUGCCACGAUGACUUCCAACCAGCGCAACCGAGUUUCAAAUGCCAUCGAUAGUCUGAUCUCGCACUUGGUACCCAGCAACCCAAGCGAAGAGGACGAGCAGUCGGCACAGGAACGCCACGAUGCCUGCUUCGAGCUCGUUAGGAACAUCCUCGAUCGGCCCUCCUCUCCGGCCAUCACCUCCGACGUAAAUUAUGCCUCAGACCUUAUCAAGCGCAAGCUCAUCCAGAGCAACCCCAGCCAGGCAUUGAGAUUUUCCAACCUCUACACACGGCUGCUUUCGCUCCCAGUGCUCAACCAAAAGUGGGCCAUCCUGUAUUUGCUCUACCAGCUCUCCGAUUCUCCAGACCCAACCGAGCCCCGGCCGCUCAGUCCGCCAAAACCGCCCUCGCAACGAGCGCCCCCUCGGCAAGUGGAGAGGGAUAAAAGCUCCAGGGCGUUAGCCGCCCUUACACCAGAGGAGGAAGUUGUGCACGAGGCGUUCGCUCCCGGUGGCCUGAAGAAGCUGCCCACCGAAAGGUCGAAACGCACCCCAACCGAGGAAAGGCCAACCUCAGCUUCAGCUUCAGCACCGGUCCCCCCUGUAGAUGGCACACCAAAGAAGCAGCCAGCGAGGGAUGUCUCGAUAAAGUCAAUUCUGUUGGCCGACAACUCUAAUGACUUUGAGCCGUCCGAGAUGGCCCUGUUGAGGGACCUUCCCUUCACGCUGCAAGGGCUCUCUUCGACCACUCUACCAUUUGCCAAGGAUACGGUCCUCAAAUUGCCCUCUACUCUGCCCUCCCCUAUUAUCUCUUUGCUCCAUACCCUAGCCGAGCCGUCAUUGUUAUACAGAGGACUCUCGACUUUCGUCAAGUCUCCCGCAAAAGGGUUGCUUGGUCAGAGCUUGAGAGCCGCCAUCAACAAUGAGCUCAGGUCAUAUCUCACCCUCGUCGCCACGCUCGAAGGGCAAAUACGGCGAGCACUCUCUACUCUUGAUGAAGCGGCGCCUCGCGGAGGUAUUGGGAAGGCUGGCGUGACCCUGAAGCGCUGCGUGGUGUGGACUCGAGAGGCGACCAUGGGCUUGCGGCUAAUGUCGCUGAUUGCCGAAGAGAGCAACACCAAGCAUGGCGGGCAGGUAAUCAGCCUGAUUCACGGAUUCUCGACCUCCCACGGUGACCCGGUCGUGGCCGCCUUCGCUGAACGGCUACUUGCAGACGUGACCAGGCCAUUCUACGACAUCCUCCGGCGUUGGAUCUAUGACGGUGAGCUGUCGGACCCACACUUGGAGUUCUUUGUCAGGGAGCAGAGCCCCAACGACGAAGUUCGCAAGGAGUCUAAGGCUAAGGGCCAGGCCAGCGUCUGGAACUCCAAGUAUGAGGUCGUCGACGCCAUGGUGCCGAGCAUCAUCACGGCCGACUUUGCGCAAAAAGUGUUUCUCAUUGGAAAGUCGCUCAACUUUAUCCGCCACAGCUGCGGCGACAGUCAAUGGGUCGACGCAUACAGUAAGAACUCAUCCAAGCAGCUCAGUUACGGCGACACGGCGACGCUCGAGACAUGGAUCGACGAGGCCUACAAGACCACAAUGCGGCGCCUGAUGCACCUCAUGAGCACCCGGUUCCACCUCUUUGACCACCUGCAAGCGCUCAAAAACUACAUCCUGCUCGGCCAGGGCGACUUCAUCGCCCUCCUGAUGGAGUCGCUGGCCGCGAACCUGGAUCGGCCGGCCUUUGCGCAGUACCGCCACACCCUGACGGCCCAGCUAGAGCAUGCCAUCCGGGGCUCCAAUGCCCAGUAUGACAGCGAAGAAGUCCUCCGCAGGCUGGACGCCCGCAUGCUACAGCUCAGUCACGGCGACAUCGGCUGGGACUGCUUCACGCUCGAGUACAAGAUCGACGCGCCCGUCGACGUGGUCGUCACCGAAUGGGGCAAUCGCCAGUACCUCAAAGUCUUCAACUUUCUCUGGCGCGUCAAGCGCGUCGAAUUCGCCCUCGCCUCUACCUGGCGCAAGUGCAUGACGGGCUCGCGCGGCGUACUCCAGACCUCGGACGAGCACGUCCUCCAGACCUGGAAGAGCACCCGCGGCGUGCUCGCCGAGAUGGUGCACUUUGUCGGCCAGCUGCAGUACUACAUCCUCUUCGAGGUGAUCGAGUCGAGCUGGAGCGAGCUCCAGAAAAACAUACGCAAGGAGGACUGCACCCUCGACGACCUCAUCACGGCGCACACAAAGUAUCUCACGGCCAUCACCCACAAGGGCCUGCUCGGCGCCCGCCGCCGGCAGUACCACGACUCGCUGAAAGAAGCCGCCGCCCAGCAGGGGCGCGACCCGGCCGACCUCGCGUCGUCGUCCGAGGACCGCAACUCGUACAUGGUGCAGCUGAGCGAGCUGCUGCGCAUCAUGCUCGCCUACCGCGACUGUGUCGACGGCCUGUACAGCUGGUCGCUCUCGGACUUCACGCGGCGGCAGGAGGCCGACGCCGUCGGGCUGAUGCAGCACCAUCACCACCACAACCAUUCCGCACACCCACGCAAGAAACCUAAGCUUUCUACUACUAAUACCGCCACCAUGUCAUCGACCUCGGCGGCGGACCUCGAUGACCCGUUCAUGUCGACGACUGGCGAUCUCUCAUCUGAGCUCCCCGCGCUGCAGGACCGGCUGAGGCAGCUCGGCGCCUCCUUCAAGACGCGCCUGCAGGUGCUGCUGGGGGAUCUGGCGUACCAGCCGGACGUGGAUAUGCGGUUUUUGGGGGUGUCGAUGAAUUUCAAUGAUGUCUACCAGCCUGUCAAGAGGAAGAGGACCGCUGCUGCGUCCGGAACUGCGUCUGCGCCGGCGUCAGCUGCUGCUCAGGGGGGAUGCGGGAGUGGCGGGGGUGGUGGUGGUGGUGGUGCGCAGGGGCAGGGGCAAGCUGGGGGGAGUGGGUUGCAAGGGAUGGCGGCGGCAGGGGUGGCGAAUAACUCGAUGGUGUAG